AUGUGUAGACUCGGACUCUACCCGAUGUACUUCGUACUCCGGCCCGCGUCGUUUGGUGCAUGGCAUUGCCUCGAUGUCCAGCCAAGACAGCCCCAAGACCUAACGACCGGCAAGCAAGACACCCUCCUUUCCCGCGCCACUUCCUUCACACAACGCCCACCUCGCCUCAGCAACUUCCUCGCCGUCGUGCUCAUGCUCCUCGGCCUCGUCGCCGCGCAGCAGACCACCAGCGUCCGCUCCACCGCCACGCCCUCCGUGACCAGCUCCUCGGCGGCGAGCAACAAGAGCACGGGCACGACCAGCAGCGCGGCCGGCAAGUCGGUCGCCGCGAACACGGCGAGCGGCACCGGCACCGCUGCCAAGUCGAGCGCGUCUGCCAGCGCCACCACGACCAAGAAGAGCGCGGGCAACAGGGCCGCCGGCGCCGGCGCCGACUCGACCCUCAUCACCGUCUCGCUCGCCGCCGGCCUCGUCGUCUUCGGCGUCGCCAUGUCCUAG